AUGGUGUCUUUUGACGUCGUCUCACUCUUCACGUCCAUACCACAGGCCCUUGCGGUCGAAACGCUCAGUGACCUGCUACGUCAAAAUUACGACGGGGGCGAUGGCCAGCCCACAGCUCAGGAUCUCAUAGAACUCAUGGGGCACUGCAUCAAGACAUUCUUUACCUUCGAAGGGACCACAUACGAGCAGAUCAAGGGCACUCCAAUGGGUUCACCAAUCUCCGGACUCAUUGCCGAGGCGGUUCUACAAAAACUCGAGAGACGACUAUUCGAGGAGUACAAACCCAAGUUUUGGGCACGCUACGUUGAUGACACCUUCGUGAUCAUAGACCAAGAUAAAACCAACUACUAUAUGGAAGUACUAAACACAAUCAUGCCCGAUCUACAGUUCACGAUGGAAGAGGAAGUCGAGGACAAACUUCCAUUCUUGGAUGUUCUCGUCUGCCGCCAACCAAAUGGCGAACUAGCGACGUCGGCCUACAGAAAACCGACGAACACGCUGCAAAUUCUCAGCUAA